AUUUGUGUUUUCAACGCAAGUGUUGUAAUAGGAAUAGACACCGUGAUUAGGUUGAAAAUGAUUUCCCAAUCUUUAGGAAAUGCUAAUAUUCUGAGUAAAAUGUUCUGUAGUAGAUGCACAAGUACUUUAGCCAAGUUCGAAACUGUUUUUUCACUUCCCACAAUAAAAUACAUUUCGCUGUUAAACAGACUCAAAGUUUAUCAUUUAGUUGGAACCAGCGUUGCUGUUCCCAGUAGUGGUUUAUUAGAAAUGGCUAGUCUAGUUCCAGAUCACACAUUUCUAACAACUUCUUAUAUAGGUUUAACAGCUGCUGCUUUACUAUCAUUAGCAACAUUGCCGUUCUCCAAUAUUAUAGGAUUUUUAUAUAUUAGUGAAGAUAAAAAGUUAAUAAAAAUUUCAUCUGUUAACUUUUGGGGAAAGAGAAUUGACAGAAUUGUAAAUGUUGAUGACUGGAUCCCAAUGUUAGAAUUACCAGCAAAAACUUUGGAUCCAAUUUAUCUCUCUCCUCAAUUGUCUGAUGGUACUAAAUAUAAACUGUUUUUAAAAUUUGGUAAUGUACUAAAUGAAAAAAGAAUUGGUGAAGUGUUAGAGUAAGAAUGGAUUAAAGUAAAUACAUGGAGAAUACUUUGGUCUAGUAGUUAGUUUAGUCUUAUGUAUAGUGGUUAAUUGAUGUGCAAUUUUUAUUUAUGUAACACUGAAUAUCGUUAGGUACUUUUAUAUUCCUGAAAAAGCACUUUUAAAAACUCUAAAAUCAUUCAUGCAGAUAUGUUAAUAUUUAUGUAAUUAGAAAGGUAAAAUAAAAAACAUUAAUGUAUUGUAUCAUUCUAUUCUUAAAUAGUGUUGAAAAUCAAUAUUUAUACUCAGUAAUUUAGAAUAAAUAUAAUAAAAUUAUUUUCAAAUGUGUCAAUUGUUAUACAUAGAUUCACAAAACCUUUUUUAAUUGCAUCCAUAUAAAAAUGUUUCAUUUUUAUGAUAUUUAUGUUUAUUUUCUCAAUUAUUUAUCUGCCUGUAUAUACAAAUUUAUAAAAUUACCUACAUCAGGAAAACAGUGGUUUGAAUACAACUAAUUCUACCCUUUUACAUUGUGUUAUUAUGAGCUACAAGCAAUCCACACUCUCAUUACGGUGUCACUUUACACACACAAAUUGCAACUAUUUUAUAAGGAUGUUCACAAAUAUUUACAAUAUAUGUUUUUUUAAUAUCAGUUUAAUAAUUUAUUCUAAAAAGAAACAGACUUCAUUUAGAAGAUUAUCUUGAAGUGCAUAAGGCUCAGUAGUGCACUUGUAGCAUUUCCAUCAGAUAAAGAUAACAGUACUAGAAUUAUAAUGUGUUUAUAAUACAAUACAUUGAUACAGUUAACCUCAAGAUAAAAAUUGAAGAAUUGUCCUACUUGUCCUAACAAAUAUAUAUAGCUACAUAAUUUCAUACAGAAAGACUUAAUUCCUUUGUUAAUGUUACAUUACAACAAAGUUAUAAUUAAUCAUAAUUACAAUAAUUCUAAUUAUUUUAUUGUGAAGCCAGUUGACUUAUUAUUUCAAAUAAUUAUGCCACUAUGAUAAUCAAUAAAACAAAAUACAUUAAAUUGGCAUUUGUUCAGAUAUAUGAUGAGACUUAUUACUUUAUAACAGAGUUCGCUGAUAAAUACCAAUAGAUAAAUAUAUUGAUUGAUUUAUGUCAAUUGAUAUUUAUAAUAUUUAUUAUAAGUUAAAGAGUACCGAGUCUCAACUAGAAAAUUAACCAACCUGAUG